AUGACAAUGUCCACUGAACAUCAAUCGACUAUGGAUGAACAUUCUCCAGACCAUGAUUCAAAAGAAAAUUUGGCACCGGUAGAUGGAAUUGACGGAAUAUCGUACUACGUUAAUGUUAUAUUCCCCAAUUCGGACACAUGCAAAGUGCAAGUAUCUUCAGGGGAAAUUGUUCAAGAAAUACAUCGUGCACUAAUGGAGCGUGAGGAGUCGUGUCAUCGGACAUGUUUCUCACUACACUUCAAUGAUCAAACUCUUGAUUUGUUCACGGACCUAAAGUCGAUUGAAGGUCUUGAAGAGGGGUCUGAAAUUCGCGUCGUAGAAGGUAAUACAGAACACGUUUUUGGCAACUGUUUAGAGCGUUAUACCACUCGUGAAGUGCGUAAUCAUGUGAAGCACGUACUUGAGAUUUUGAACAGCGUUAAAUUGCGCGAUGCAUACGCUGGCAGAGAACAGAUGUCAUUGUCCUUUUUGAGCUCGGUUACUUUGGGCGACAUUUUAGAACGAAAGCCAAAUCGUGCCGAUCCCAGCUCCUUGAACUUUCUUCCUCCUUCGUAUAUUAUGCCCGCCGGAUCAAAUUCCGAGCCUCCUCUUAUGCCCUUGCAUCCCAUCUCAAAGGAAGAUAGUGAUCUGGAUUGCCUUCAACAACUAAACUAUAGCAAUUGGAAUCCCCCACCCUCCGCUCGUCGUCUCGCCGGUGAUUUGCUUUACCUGGUCGUACACACGCUUGAAGGCAAACGAUGCCACAUUACAGCGUGUCCACGAGGUUUUUACGUCAAUCAAACAACCGACGAGAUUUUCAAUCCUGCCCCUGUGCAAAAUAUCUAUGUAGUGCAUUCACUUGUCGAUCUCCUUAAGCAAUUGAGUCCCGCUUUCAAAAAGUCUUACGACACCUUACUUAAACGGAGAGCGAAUAAGCAUCCGUUCGAACGGCUUCCUACACCAUAUCAGGUUCACUCUUGGCUAACACCUAACUGGCAGCAUACCUUGGAUUCCGUGCGAAAGGAAGAAUCAUUAACAUCAAGAAUGGCUUGGGAAGAAAAUCUGCCAGGUCAAACUCGUGACUGGAAUGAUGAACUGCAGGCGACACGUGAACUACCUCAGAACGAUAUUAACGAGCAACUGAUGCGCGAUCGUGCCGUUUUCAAGUCAAACUGCGAUUUUGUCGCGGCCAGCACUCGAGCUGCCGUUAAUGUCAUCAACGGGGAAAUUGUAGCGAUUAAUCCGGGGGAGAAGCGAAAGCAACAGAUGUUUAUUUGGAACAACAUGUUCUUCUCACUCGGUUUCGACGUCAAAGAUCACUACAAGGAUCUGGGUGGUAAUGCAGCUGCCUACUCUGCGACGAGUUGUGAUCUGAAUGGUGUCAGAGCCUACUCAACACUGGAUCAAAGCGGUCUCUGCACUCUUGGAACUGCACUCAUCGAUUAUCGUGGCUAUCGAGUUACUGCCCAGACGAUCAUUCCAGGAAUUCUUGAAAAGGAGCAGGAGCAGCUUAUCGUUUAUGGAUCAAACGAUUUCGGUAAAACAGUGGUCGAUGACGAACGAUACACUAAAAUCCUUACGAAAUCUGCUAAAUCGUUGAGAAUCCGUCCUCACAAAGUUGUUAACCUCCUGUCCUCAGUGGAUUGCAAGGGGAUUGUGGGCAACGAUAACCGAACCUACCUGCUUGAUCUUCUGAAUACCUUUCCCCCCGAUGUCAAUUACCUUGGUGGUGCUCCUACCUCCGUUCGACCUGCACUCAGUGAGACUAUGCAAAAACUCGGUUAUCCCUAUACCCAUCGCCACCUCCUUCCCUCCCUUCGACAGGAACUAGUUGAUUCCUUCUGCGACUUGCGUCAGGAGGAAUUUUCGAGGAAGGCGGCUGAAGAAUUGCGGAAGAUUCGCACAACAUCUCAUACGGAAGCGGUGAAGGAAGGAACGAAAGCGGAAGAGGAGGAGAAGGAGGUUAAGGGCCCCAGCAAUGAUGUAAAUGGUGUUCUCUUACUCAAUGCAGACUCAGCCGCCAAAACGGUUCAACAAAUUAUGCUUCAGGAGAAAAGCUUCGGCGGUACUCAACACUCUGACAACGUUGAUAGCAUUUCUCUCUCGAAAAUCAGAAGGGCUAUGACCGAGGGCACAGAUGAUCCGGAUUUAGAAGAAGCCAUGAAGAGGGCGACACAAUCCAUCAAAACGUUUAAAAAUGCUUCAUUAGAAAUUCUUUUCAACCCUGAUGCUUUCAAAUCUACUGUUACCUUCGCAAAGGAAGAGGAGGAAGAUCUUAAGAGGGAUAGAGAACUUAUCCAAGAGAUCUGCGAGUUCCUUGUUCUGCACCAGAUUCCUACAUUCAUUGAAGACUGUCUCAGUUUCACAGUCAUUCCACAGGACGGACGAGCUUUGGUGGAAAUUCUCCACCAGAGGGGCAUCAACGUUCGUUACUUGAAUAGAAUCGUGGAGGAGAUCAAAGAUAAGCCCACUCUUGCAUACCUAUACAGACUAGCGGUUUGCGAAAUGGUGGUCCGCUCAGCCAAGCAUUUGUUCAAACCAUACAUUCAAGAUGUCGAUCCAAUGUUUGUCUCUGCUGCCGUGGCCCACUUCCUCAACUGCCUUCUCACUGCCUGCCCUUCACUCCAACCCCUUGCUGGUGUGGAUGAGCAAAUUCAGAAAAUGCACAAAGUGAAGAAGGGAAAGAAACGUGGAAAGUCUCAACUGGACUCCGUAGAGGAAAUGGCUUGGAUUAAUGAAACGGCGACCUCUUUUUGGGCCAGCCUAAGCAAAGAAGUCAAGGAAUACUACCACAUUGAUCUGGAACUGUCAGACGUGGAUACAUUCUGCCAGACCCAUAGCGUCACACGCACACAAAUUUUGCGCUCAUUCUGCCAGGCAGUGGGCAUCCAACUGGUCUUGCACGAGUAUGCUCUCCUCCCACCGAACGGUGCUCGCCACCACUCUCGCCCAGUAUUUGCUCUUGAGGAUGUGGUCUCUCUCUAUCCGUUAGUGAAGCACCUCCACCCCUACGCCUUCCACGCCUAUCGCUACUUCACUUCGGGCCAGAAGCACAUCGCUGAGGGCUUUCUUCAACGCGGCUCUGAGCUGAUCUCAGAGGCACUGAAUCUGCUCAACACCGUCUAUGGCCCUCUGCAUCCCGAUAUUGGCGCCUGCAACAGGCUUCUUGCUCGCCUCUCUUACGUCAUGGGUGACCAUCAGACAGCUCUGCUCUACCAGCAACGCGCCACCAUGAUCAGCGAACGUGUCCAUGGCAUUGAUAGUCCGAGCACCGCUGCUGAAUAUAUACACAUGGCGUUGUAUUGCUUCGCCUGUGGACACGUGGCGAUCGCUUUUCAACUGCUCUAUCGAGCCCGGUAUCUGGCUCUCUUGUGUCAUGGUGAAGUCCAUCCGGAAAUCGCUCAAAUUGACGUCAAUAUUAGCCUUAUGCUUCACGCAGUAGAGGAGUACGACACCUCCGUUAUUUUCCUUGAAAAUGCCCUCAAGUUAAACAAAAUGUUCUAUGGUGAAAAGAGCUUAAAAGAGGCAUUUAACUCGCACCUUUUGAGUCGAACCCAUGCCUACCGGGGUGACUUUCGUUCCGCGUUGGACUGCGAGAAGCGUCGGUACGCUAUCUAUCUGGAGCGCUUUGGUGAGAAUAGCGAGUAUACGAGAGACAGCAACGAGUGCCUUCACACACUCACGCAGCAGGCUGUCAAUGUGGCACGUCAACUGCAGAAACCCCUCGGUGCUUCCAGGACCGCGGAGACAUUGAAUGGCAAUGGAAAGGGGAAGAGAAUGGUCGCCACUUUGGGUCUUGGUCAGGCUCUCCCCACACCCACCUUUGUGACCAUUCUCGAUACCCUUAAUCGAGUAAACGGGAUUUUUUAUGUCCACUUAAACCCACCGGUCGCCGUUUCUAGGAGUGACGAAGGUAGAAACGGUUUGAGCAGUCAGGAGGUGAGUACCGUGCAAAUUUCUCCCGUCGAAGACGAUGAUGUUUCACCAAAGAGCCCUGUUGGAGCGGCUGUUUCUGGCAAUAAAGUUGUGGUGAACCUGCGGCGUGGAGUUUGCAUUCAACGCUGCGUUUUCAGUCAGGUGGAAUCUGGCCUAACAGUCGAGCAGAUGGACUUCAAUUUAAAAAGUGGCAUAUGUCCGAGUGGAGCUGUUUGCCCACCACCGCAAAUUGCUUUUUCACAAGUAAAAUCGACGAUGAAGCGAGAACUUCGUGGAGUACCCUCAAAAUCGGCGUCUGUUGAAACGAAAUUCGGACCUCAAGUUACUUUGGAGGAUGCGCACACAGAAAUUUGCCAGAAAACGCAAGGUGGCUAUGGAUACGACGUUGGACUGCAUUGGAGAAUAUUAGCAGCCAUACUCUAUGGGAUAUAUACUUGGUUUCCCCUCAACACAACCUCCCGAAUUUUUGGAAGGCUGUCCAGAGUUCCACUUCCGCGAGUUCUGCGAGGUCCGGUAGUGCGGGCGUACGCAUGGAUUUUUAGUGCGAGGCUGGAAGAAGCUGAAUUUCACAACGAUUUGGCCAGGUACAACAGCAUUUCCCACUUUUUUCGACGUCGCCUCGUUCCUAGCGCUAGACCUGUGGACCCUACCGCCUCUCUGGUAAGUCCCGCCGAUGGUAAGGUGAUCUCCUGUGGAAAAGUUGACGAGGGACAUUUGGAGCAGGUUAAGGGUCUGGCUUACACCCUGCGAGCACUCCUAGGUCCCCAUGAGCGUCUGGAGCGAUGCCAUGACCUCAGUGAGGGAGGCCCUGAUGAGGCUACCAAAAGCCUUUACCAUUGCGCCAUCUACCUUGCGCCAGGCGACUACCAUUGCUUUCAUUCCCCUGCCGACUGGAACGUCGACAUGAGGCGGCAUUUUCCUGGUCGCCUUUUCUCCGUUUCUUCUCUCGUGACGAGUUGGUUGAAUGGGGUUUUCUGCAUCAACGAACGCGCCGUCUACAUGGGUAACUGGAUGCACGGAUUUUUCGCUUUCGUGGCUGUGGGAGCCACCAACGUCGGCAGUAUCCAUGUAUUCGCCGAUCCCGAUCUCCCCAUCAAAACCAUCAAGGGUGAACUUUUUGGCGAAUUCAACUUUGGUUCCACCAUCGUGCUCAUUUUCGAGGCACCCGCAGGCUUCCAGUUUUUCGUGAAGCGGGCAGAGAGGGUGCGGGUGGGACAGGCGCUUGGACACGUGGUGGCAGACUCUUGA